AUGGCUGCCAAGCGCGUUUGUCUGGCAUACUCUGGCGGGUUGGAUACCUCUGUUAUCCUGGCCUGGCUCAUUGAGCAGGGUUAUACCGUUGUUGCGUUCCUCGCAGAUGUGGGGCAAAAUGAGGACUACGACGCAGUCAAAGCGAAGGCUGAGAAGAUCGGUGCCGAGCGCAUGAUCAUCCAGAAUCUCCAGCAGGAGCUUGUGGAAGAGCUGGUCUGGCCAGCUGUGCAAUGUUCGUUUGGCCGCCCCCGUGCGAAGUGCACAACACCUGCCCACGGCUAUUCUGACAUUCCAUCCAGGUGCGAUUCGAGCUGGCCUGGAAGGCUCUCGAUCAAACGACGAAGACGAUCAUCCCGUGGCGCCUACCGGAGUUCUACGAGCGAUUCGCGUCCGUGCCCCUGCCACCCCCCCUCUCUCGGAGAUGCUGACCCAGACAGUGGACGUCAAGCCCUCUUGGACUUUGCUGAAGCCAAGGGCGUUCCUGUGACUUCGACUAAGCAGAAGCCGUUUUCCAUGGAUGCCAACCUUAUCCAUUGCUCAUACGAGGCGGGUAUGCUCGAGCAGCCCGAGCUCGAGGCGCCGGCCGACAUGUGGACCAUGACCGUGGAUCCCAUGAAGGCCCCUGAUGAGCCAACCAGGUUCACCGUCCACUUUGAGAAGGGCAUCCCAAUCAAGCUAGAGGUCGGUGACAAGACCAUCACCGGCUCGCUGGAGAUCUUCAAGGCUGCCAACGAGAUUGGCCGGGCUAAUGGAGUUGGCCGCGUCGACAUCGUCGAAUCGAGGUUCAUUGGUCUCAAGAGCCGUGGCUGCUACGACACACCCGGCUUGACGAUCCUGCGCACCGCUCACAGAGAUCUUGAGGGUCUUUGCAUGGACUCUAAGGUCCGUGCCAUCCGUGACCAGAUGGUCACCUCGAACUGGACGACCUGCCUCUACAAUGGCAUGUACUUCAGCCCAGAACGCGAGUUCCUCCACAAUUCCAUCGUCUUCAGCCAGAGGCACAUCGAGGGCAAGGUCAACAUGGUGGCCUACAAGGGCAGCGCAUUCGCCGUCGGACGUUCCAGCGAGACUUCCAACCUCUACUCCGAGACUGAGUCGUCUAUGGACACCCUCGAGGGCUUCUCCCCAGUUGACACGAGCGGCUUCAUUGCCAUCCAGGCUAUCCGUCUGGAGAAGUACGGUGCCCGCAAGAUCAGGGACGGCGAGCCUCUUGCCCCUGUCUAG